AUGAGCUUCAAUAACACUCCUCAGAAGUCCCGCCCGGCGCCGGGCCAGCAGGGCUCGACACCUUUCCGCUCCGCCUCCGCAAGCAGGUUUCGGUCGUCGCUCGUGCCCAUGAACAGACCAUCGCCCAUGCGCUCCCUCAACCCGUCGAGUAAGCCCGCCGCGGGCUCGAGCACCCAACGCGAUCUCUUCGCUACCUCUACGCCGCGAACCACACGCACUGCACAGUUCGCGCCAAGCCUACCUGCAGCUGCAACUCGACCAAGCCCCGGUGUUCGCAAGUUCGCCCCCCAGAAGAGCGCCCAUGGCGGCAUGUCCAACAGUGCGUCUACCGCGCCCUUCAAAAUGAGGAUACCCUCUCCGGAUCCUGAACUUAACGGUGAGGUCCUCUUGAAGGCAAUACCCGACGACCCCAACCGCACAGGCUCCGCCUACGCCGACCAGUUCCUGGCUCACAAGUGCCCAACCCAUUUCGACGACAACCAGCGACGACAGUUCUUCUGCGUUCUCGAUUUGCGCAGACUGAAAUACGCCGCCAACGAGAUCUUCGCCCAGAAGGACUGGAAGCUGAACAUCAUGAACUUUUCCAAGGAAUACGAGAAGAGUCGGGGCAUGAUCAUGCUGCGCUACGGACAGUACGAAUUCAAGAAUGUGAAGCCAUCCGAAGCGGUUCUCAAGAGAUGGAGGGCCAAGCACGGCCUACCAGACCCUGAGCCCCAGGAAGAUGACAUUCCAUCGAGCGGCUCGGCCCAACUCAAAGCUCAAGCCAAAACCGGGAUUUCGGGCUCGACGAAGCGUAAGGCUGACGACGAGUUGGUAUCAAAGGAUAACGCCCUAAUGGCCUCCACCGCCAACCGAAACAAACGUCGCAACCUGACCCAGGAAUCGACCGAUCCUGUUCUGAAAGGGCCUGCACCUUUCAAGAAGAGUAAACGCAAGGCGGAUGAAACCGAGGACCUUGAUGAGAACCAGCCUAACAAACAGCAAAAGGCAACGCCUUCUGCAGCCACGUCUAAGUUCGAGAGCAUUCUCAACAAAACGCAGAGCGGCGGUGCUUCGCCCUUGAAACGACCUACUCAGGGUUUAACACCCUUGGGCGCACAGAAAACUCGAGACCCUCAGAGCUCAAGCUCACCCAACAAAUCGGGUCUGUUUGGAACACCUAGCAAUGGGAUGAACUUCGGACUGGCCAAGUCGACUAAUGGUGGUGGUUCGAAUGGAUCAAUACUUUCUGGACAGAAGCCCUGCUCAACUCCGGCCAAAAAUCCUGGGAAUAUAUUCAGCUAUCUCUCCGAAAGCUCUGCCAGCAGCAGCGGCAACGAAAAUGACAACGCCGACGAUGGUGACGACACUGUUUCAGAGUCAGAGCAAGAACCAAAGGGCCAUGAUGCUGCUGCUGCGCCGAGUCAUGAGCCCAGUACUGUUGCUAGUCAGACAGGAUUGACACCGUUCCCUGCCAGCAAGACAAGCACUGCCAAUAUCUUUGGUAGCGGCUUGUACAAACCUUCUAGUGAUGCUUCUUCCAAAGGUGGACUCUUUGGGCGUAUCCAAAUAGGUGCUAACGGCCAGCCUGUUCGGGCGACCCCAGACGUGGAAGAAGAGGGUGUUGGGGCCGCGGCUGCAAAAACCACGCCCCCGAUGGAGCCGAGCAAGACUCCAGCAAAACAGCCAGGUGACUACACAUUCAACCCUGCAACAACGCCGAUUUCAUUCGGGCAGUCCGGACCCGGCUCCUCAAAGCCGCCGAGUGCCACUCUGAACGCCGAAGCGGUUAAGGAGCCUACCAAACCCGAUUUUGCCUCGACGAAACCGUCGCCAAUCUUCAACCUGGACAACCAGCGCAAAUCAGAAACUCCGACGAACACGCGGGGGCUCUUUGGCGUAUCUGAGCCGUCAGUUUCAAAGCCCAACAAUGGAUUGAGUUCCAUCUUCGCUGGUCAAAAGUCUACCCCUGCUCCCACUGGUCUGUUUGGUGCAACGCCGGACAAGUCAGUCUCGGAAAACGUCGCGAAGCCCAACGAGGGAUUGAGUUCCAUCUUCGCUGGUCAAAAGUCUACACCUGCUCCCACUGGUCUGUUUGUUGCAACGCCUGACAAGUCAAUCUCUGAAAACGUCGCGAAGACGACUGAGUCCAAACCUUCGACUGCUCAAGGACCACUGUCGGGUUUAUUUGGCAAGACUCCCACAGACACUACCAAUACCCCAAAAGCCGUGACCCCCUUCGGCGGCGCUGAGAAGGAAGAUGAGUCGAGCUCUUCAGCUCCGAAGGGACAGUCGCAGCGUAGUAUCUUCCAGACAUCUUCAACCGGUGCAAAUGCUGAUUCCCAAGCCAAGACUCUCUUCGGCGGAAAUGGCUUGAAGCCCAAUGAUUCUGUAACAAAUGGCCGAAGCACCUCUUCAGUGUUUGCUAACAAGGACAAACCCUCUACCUCAAGCCUAUUUGGCACCACGGAGGGAUCGACCAUGUUUGGAGGAGCCAAGACAAACGGAAGUUCCUCUGAGAAUACGAAGUCGGUAUUUAGUACUGCUGAGAAGCAACCGUCCGCAGGUUUCUCUUUUGGGAGCUCCAAGCCUGGCGCGCCGAGUGAAGCUGACAAGGGCAGUGGACUUAUGCAAGAAACGAAGCCCACAUCUGCUCCUGCGCCUGCCCCGUCGAAGCCACUCUUUGGUGUUGAAGCUCCCAAGACUGCUUCCCCGGCUCCUCCGUCUUUGUUCGGUAACCUCGCAUCGACAGCCGGCCAAGACAAGCAAGAGGAGCCUGCCGCGAAGAAGCAAAAUACAUCUGGCAACGCGCCAGCUAGUAACGGGUCUAUCUUCAGUUUCGGUGCUCAGCCAGCCGCUGCUGCGAACGCGCAACCCUCAUCUACGCCGGCGGUGAGCUUCAGCGCCGGCUCGAAUGCCAGCCCAAGCGUCUCGUUUGGGAGCUUCAACUCGCAGAACAGCCAGGCUGGCCCAAAGAAACUUGACUUCCAAUUUGGGGGUGCCAACCCUGGUGCAAGUGCAAGCCCGUUCGCCUUUGGCCAGGACUCUUCCGGUGGCUCGGGUUUCACCUUCACUGCAGGAGGAGGCAAUGGACAAUCCGCCAGCAACCCUUUUGCUGCAGGCGAAUCUUUCUCGCCAAUGUCUCCAAGUCUUGGGGGGUCGUCCACAACGCCUACUCCAUCCUCCAGCUUCAACUUCAACUUCGGCCAGCAAGCAUCUCCCGCACCCGCCGCGGCUCCAGCUGCCUCAGGCAAUGCCUUGUUUGGGGGGGCAUCAAAUGGAACGAAUGGAGGUCCAAGUUUCAAUUUCACUCAAGCUACUCCGCAAAGCACGCCAAAACCCGCCCCGGCUGGGUCGGGAGUUUUCGGGGUUCUAAAUGCUGGUGGCGAAGGCGCACUCGGAGCCAAUUCGCCAUUUGCAGCACCUUCUAGCAUGGGCACGACGCCUGUGAAUGGUACGCCCGAACCGCAAGCUCAGAACGAGGACGGCGAAGAACGGCAGGCGCAGCUCUCGCUCACCGAAGGUGGGCCGGGCGAGGAGGACGAGCUGAUCCUGCACGAAGUGCGUGCCAAGGCCAUCAGGUACGAGCCGGUACAGGGCGGUAGCAGUAAGUCCCCUUGGUCUACGAAAGGGGUGGGCCCUCUCCGUGUUCUCAAGAACAAGGGGACGGGGACUGUGCGUAUCCUGCUACGUGCCGAGCCGAGAGGUCAUAUUGCUAUGAACAAGACGAUCCUCUCGGACGUCGAGUACACGGUCAAGGAAAAGACGGUCAGCUUCGCUGCUGCCAGCGACGAUGGGUCGUGUCUUGAGACAUGGCUUCUUCAGGUAAAGAAGCCGGAGAUGGCACACCAGCUGGCGGGCGUAAUGGAGUCGAACAAGAGCGCCAACAAGAAGUAG